AAAAGUGGCGAAAAUCGGCAUUCAGCAGAAAUUUCUAGACUCAUUUGUCGGACAAUAGAGAAUUUCUUCUAGAGUUUUCUUGUUUUUCCACCAAUAAACCGUAAUAAAAGAGCAGCAAGUGUUUCAUUCUUGGUGUCUGUGUAUCCACCAAUAAGUCAAGCUAAAGGUUUUAAUAAAGAAAUGGAAGAUCAAAUUAAUGCGCUCAAGGAGAAAGGGAAUGCUGCCUUAGCUGCUGGGAAACACGAUGAAGCCAUUGUGGCUUAUACGGAAGCUCUAACUCUCAAUGACCAAAACUACGUAAUAUACAGCAAUCGAUCUGCGGCAUAUGUGAAGGCCGGCAAAUAUCAAGAGGCUCUGCAAGAUGCCCAGAAGACUGUUAGCCUCAAUCCAACAUGGGCUAAGGGAUACUCAAGAUUAGGCACUGCCCUAAGUUUCCUCGAUCGAACAAUGGAGGCAUAUGAAGCAUACAACAAGGGAUUGCAAUAUGAUCGGAGCAAUGCUGCUUUGCUAACUGGGCUGGAUGAGAUGAAGAAGCGCUUAUUGAGUGAUCUUGCCAGUGAAGUACCCAUGGAUGUGGAUCCUCCCAAGGCAAAACCUCCACCAGCCAAAGCUACCACUAAGCCAGAGCCCAAAGUUGAUGAGAAUCUGCCUGAAAAUAAACGUUUAGCACGGCGUGAGAAGGAGUUGGGAAAUGAAGCCUACAGGAAGCGGGACUUUGAGAAGGCCAUUCAGCACUAUGAAGCCGCAAUUCAGCACGAUUCCACGGACAUAACAUUCUACAACAAUCUGGCUGCUGUUCACUUUGAAAAACGCGAUUACCAAAAGUGCAUUGCUGAAUGUGAAAAGGGCAUUGCAAUUGGUCGCGAAAAUAGGGCAGAUUUCAAAUUGAUUGCAAAGGCAUUCAGUCGUAUUGGCAAUGCAUAUAGGAAGCUUGAGGAUUGGAAAUCGGCUAAGACUUACUAUGAAAAAUCCAUGUCGGAGCAUAGAACGCCUGAAGUGAAAACGGUCCUCAGUGAGAUUGAGAAGAAAAUCAAGGAGGAAGAGAGGAAGGCAUAUAUAGAUCCGGCUAAGGCUGAAGAGGAAAAGGAAAAGGGCAAUGAGGCCUUCAAGAAGGCAGAGUAUAGUGUUGCUGUGAAGCACUACACAGAGGCCAUCAAGAGAAAUCCUGAUGAUCCAAAAUUGUACAGUAACAGAGCAGCUUGCUACACCAAGUUGGCUGCAUUUGAUCUCGGCCUCAAAGACUGCGAGACAUGCGUUAAGCUGGACGAUAAGUUUAUCAAGGGAUGGAUUAGAAAGGGAAAAAUUCUUCAGGGAAUGCAGCAGCAAUCUAAGGCUCUACAGGCAUAUCAGAAGGCACUGGAAUUGGAUCCGUCAAAUGCUGAAGCUCUUGAGGGAUAUCGCACCUGCACCAUGGCUGUAAAUUCCAAUCCUGAGGAGGUAUUGAAAAAAGCCAUGUCUGACCCGGAAGUACAGCAGAUCCUACAAGAUCCAGCCAUGCGUCUAAUUCUGGACCAAAUGCAGGAGGAUCCUAAAGCAGUCCAAGAGCAUCUCAAGAAUCCAGCUAUUGCCAGUAAAAUCCAGAAGCUUCUCGAGUGUGGUAUCAUCAAGAUUCACUAAAUUUACUGACCAAUCGCUUGUAGAAAAGGGAAAGCUGCGUGAUGAUUUGCUGAACAACAAAAUAUUUAAAACAACUUUUGAAAAGAAUCUGAUUCGCCAGAAAGGAUACAAAUGUUAAAAAACAAAUUAACUUCUUUGGCUGAUGAAAUUCAACAGAACCAUAUAUACAUAUGUUGUUUAAGUUAAAAAAAAAUGAUUUUCCAUCAUGCAACAGAGUGUGUUUCAAGGAUAAUAACAAAACAAUAUAAACGAGAAAUGAAAAUAUUCCUUAAGUUUAGUUUACAUGGGAUACUGAUAUCGGAUGAUCUAAUUAUUCUAAUUUUCAAAUAAUUACACUAAAUUGGUCGAAAUAGAAAUAAUUUUAUCGAAUUAUGUAUUUCAAA